UAAAUUUAAACUUGUUAACAAUAUUCUAAAGGUGACAGAAGUUUCAAAAAACAUAUCCGUCGUAAUAUUAUGUUGCUCUGCUUGGACAGACUGUCCAAAAUGGUGGUCGUUUGUUGUGCUAUGUUAAAGUCAUCUCCUCUUUCUUUGUGAACUCUGCAUAGUGUUAUGGACAUAAGUAUCUAAUAAGAAGAUUAAAAUGGAUGAGAAAAGCGAUAAUCCAGGAAAUGUAAUGAAUGUCCAAGAUGACACUCCAAUAGAAAAAGACGAAAUGGAAACAAAAGAAGAAUGUAAGAAAACAGAGUUAGAAGAAACUACUUCUUUAGAUAAAAGCAGCGCUGAUGUUAUAUCAGAUAGUAAUAAGAUUAGUGAUACGGACAGUAAAAGUGAAGCUGAAACUUGUACAAAUCCUAUUAGUGAAAAAAGUGAUAACUUGGACACAAGUGAUACAAAAAUGGACACUGGUACUGUAGAGGAGCAAAAUGUUACGAAUCCAAUGGAUGUUGAUACCCAGGAUAGUGAACAUACAGGAGACAUUAAAGAAGAAAGCAUGGAAACGGAUGUGAAAGAAGCUAACGUAAGAGAGGAGUCUCAAGCCACACAAGAACUAGAAGGUGGUGCUGAAAAUACAGUCAAUAUUGGGGCAAGUGGAAGUAAAGAUGUAGAGUCAGUUCAGAAACCAGAAUUUGAAACAGCACCCAAUGUUUCUAUUGAAGAUUCACAGGAUGAUAAUACAGAAGCUUCAGACCCUUUUGAUGCAAUUAUGAAAGAUACAACAGAUGCCACCAGUGACAGUUUGGCAAAAGAUGCAGCUACAAAUAUUGAUGAUGAAGAACACCACCAAAAUGAUAGCGCGGAUUUGGAUAAUGAGCAGACACGUGCAGAUGAAAGCAGUACAACAGAAGAGCCUGGUUCUUAUGAAGAAGAAUGCCUCUUGCCAGAUACAGAGAGAGAAAUAUCAGAAGCUGAUAAGGCCGAAGCUGCAAAGGUGUUGGCUGAAAAGAAAAAACAGGCUGAAGAGGCAGCCGAAUCUACUUCAGUCACUAAAUCAGAGCAGGUGGAACCAAUGGAAACUAACACUGAGGCAAAUGAUGAUUCUUGUGGGAAUGCUGAUAUAAAUCAAGAUGACAUAGAAUCUUCCCAUGAAAAUGAAAAUGGAGAUAAGGAGACUGAAAAUACUGAAGACAGUGAAGAGAUCGAUUCGACUACUCUUAUUGCUAUCAAUCGGAUAGAACCUAUCGAUGAAAUAUGUUAUAGUUGCACUAUACCUAAAUCAUGCAUAUUUGCAACUAACAAUAGUGAGCCUGAGAGAAAGUAUUUUUGCACAGAAGCAUGCGUCAAAUCAUUCCAAAUAGAUAAUGCGGAUCAAUAUGUUUUAAUAAAGAAUAAAUAUAUUAUUGAUGAGAUUCCUCCAAAGAUCUGUAUGUGUUCGGAAUGUGAGGAAAAGAAGACAUGCUAUUUCUUUUAUAAUUAUGAUGGUGAAGAUACUUACUAUUGUUCCAUGAGGUGCUUAAAUAGCAUGAUGGCAGACGAAAAGGAGAAGUAUACAUACAAGAGGCGAAAAAUAACGGUUGAAGAGGUGUCAUUGAGGGAUGGGGAGUGUUGCGCUUGUCUUGAACAAAAAAAAUGUAUGUAUUCUCUGAAACGAUAUGGUGAGGAUCUGUUAAUCUGUGAGCAACCCUGCCUCAAGACAUUAAAUAAUGAUGAAAAUGGCCGAUAUUUGGUCAAGAGAAAAAGGAUACUGAGGUAUACCACCCCUACUUCACGAAGUUCCUCUAGUCAGUCAGCUAAGCCACUCAUGAAACUCAAAGUUAUCAGCAAUGCUACUGAUAAAUAUUUAGAUGAAGCAUAUAAAAUACAAGCUAAAACACCAGCGAUGGUGCAAGCAGCGAAGGACGAAAGAGACCGUACAUUUAUGCGUACUUGUGCUCAGUGUAUGCUUAUACUAAAGGAUGAGCUAAUGCUGACUUGGGAAACUAUGGACUUUUGUAAUGAAGCAUGUUUAGGAAGGUUUCAGAACAAAAUUGGAUCCAAGUGUGCAAACUGCAAGAACUCUGUCCAACACAUGAGCUUAGGCAAAUAUUGUGUUAGGUUUGGUUAUGAUAUCAGGCAAUUUUGUAAUUCGGGAUGUUUGGAAGAGUUCAAGAAAGGCUUAAAAAUAUGUUGUUACUGUCAAAGAGACAUUUCUGCUGAGCCAGAAGGGUUUUUAGCUCCUGUUGGUGAAAAGGGACAGUUCAAAGAUUUUUGUUCACAAGCCUGUAUGGAAAAGUUUGAUCAAAUGAAUAAAAAUCCUUUGCCGCUACAAUUGUGGGCCAAAUGUGCUGUUUGUUCAUUAGAAAAGAACACUUCUAUUGAAAUAGAAAUUGAUGAAGACAUCACUCAAAGAUUGUGCUCGGAGCCAUGCUUUGCUGCAUUCAAAUUUGUGAACAACAUUUGUCCAGAUCAAUGUUCUUGGUGUAAAAAACACUUCGAGAGGAAGUUGAGCAAAUGUUUCACAGUUUACGAAAAUGGAACGGUCAAUCCAUUCUGUUCCAAAUCCUGUAUGAAUAUCUACAUAAGCAAUACCAGACACAUAGUUCCGUGCAGUUGGUGCAAAGUGAAGAAGUACAAUUAUGAUAUGAUACAAAAAACACAAGCAGGAGCACAGGUUAUGAUGUGCUCAUUGAACUGCCUGAAUCUCUAUCAAGUCUCUAUGAAUGCAGUUUCCUCAAGAAGGACUAAAUGUGAUAUGUGCCGGCGUACCGCCCUCGCACAGUAUCACCUGACUAUGUCGGACGCUACUGUUCGUAACUUCUGUACCUACCAGUGUGUAAUCUCUUUCCAGGGUCAAUACUCAAAACACUCAUUGCCAAUAGAACAAGCUGCAGAGGUGCCCAAAGCAGUGCCCACUGGUGCACCCAGACGCACUUACAACACCAAAAGUCACGCUAAAAGCCAGGCGCGUGGGAGCGGUGGAUUGCCUGUCAUAUCGAAUGUACAGUCUCUGGCGACACCGCCGCCAAUUCAAGUGGCAACACCACCAUCAACGAGAGGGAAGUCCAAACGCUUAGCGCAAGCAGCCCCGCCGCCGCCGGAACCGGAACCCCCUCAAGCCCCUAAAACCCCUCCCCCACCUCCCAAACCACUAACUCCACCACCACCUCCUCCCCCCAAGAUAUACAACCAUGUGAUCGUAAAAACACUACCUCCCAAUGAGGUUGCCAAUAAAGGCACCAUGACAAAACCCAUGAUGGUAUCAAAAGGAGUAUCAUGCCGUCCUCAUCCUUGCACAAAAGAAUGUCAAACUGACUCCAGCUUGGAGAGGAAGGUCUUAAUUCCUGUGCCAGUACCCAUAUAUGUGCCGGUUCCCUGUGUAAUGUGGUCAUUACCAUUUCCCGUUCCUGUGCCUAUACCAUUGCCAAUCCCGACACCGGUGUUCAUCCCCACCACAAGAAACUCAGCUAAGGGGAUAAUGAAGGAAAUAAAUAAGAUUCAUGACAAGAUGCCUACCGAUCCAUUCGAAGCAGAGUUGUUAAUGAUGGCGGAAAUGGUUGCCGGCGAUAAGAAGAAAGAUCAGAGUGAUUCGGAGACAGACGAUGAAAAUGCUGAAGAGUUUAGCCCAGUGGCAGGUAUGGAGGGAAGCAAUGCAUUUGGUGAGGACAUGCUACAGAUGGCGCUCAAGAUGGCCACAGAAUACGAAGUACAGCCGGUAGACCUUGAGUCAGCUAUGACUGCUAAUACCAUCACACCAAGUUCACACCCCGGAAUGCCAGGGCUCGAGAACGAAGGCAUGCACCACCACCACAUGAUGAUGCUGGAGCAGCGUGCCGCGGCACUGAGAGGCGCCCCCGCUCGCAAGCGUGUGCCGCCGGCUCCCCCCGCCGCCCCCACUCCCCCGCGGGCCUCGCGAGCUAAGCGUCGUCGCGACCCGCAGCCACCGCCGCCGGAACCGCCGCGCGAGCCCGCAGAGAAACCCGACGCGAACAUGUGCCUCAAGUAUACAUUUGGCGUGAACGCGUGGAAGCAAUGGGUGAUGACGAAAAACGCGGAGAUUGAGAAGAGCUCCGUGCGCCGGAAGCCGUUCAAGUCGGAGAUCCUGCAGCUGACGGCGGACGAGCUCAACUACUCGCUGUGUCUGUUCGUGAAGGAGGUCCGCAAACCAAACGGCAGCGAGUACGCGCCAGAUACCAUCUACUAUUUAGUCUUAGGUAUACAGCAAUACCUCUUUGAGAAUGGCAGAAUAGACAACAUAUUCACGGAUCCAUACUAUGAAAAGUUUACGGACUGUUUGGACGAGGUUGCUAGGAAGUUCUCCGUAUUAUACAACGAUUCACAGUACAUUGUAACUCGAGUGGAGGAGGAACACCUCUGGGAGAGUAAGCAACUGGGCGCGCACUCGCCGCACGUGCUUCUCUCUACUCUCAUGUUCUUCAACACGAAGCACUUCAACUUGGUGACGGUGGACGAACACAUGCAGCUAUCCUUCUCGCACAUUAUGAAGCACUGGAAGCGAAACCCCAACCAGCCUGGACAAGCCAAGAUCCCUGGGGCCAGAAACGUACUGCUGCGGUUUUACCCGCCACAGUCGGCUCUAGAAGCAAAUUCAAGAAAAAAGAAGGUUUAUGAGCAACAAGAGAAUGAAGAAAACCCACUGAGGUGUCCUGUUAAAUUGUACGAGUUUUAUAUAUCGAAAUGCCCGGAGUCAGUCCGGACCCGGAACGACGUGUUCUACCUGCAGCCGGAGCGGUCUUGCGUGCCCGACUCGCCCGUGUGGUACUCCACGCAGCCGCUCAGCCGCCAGGCGCUCGCCAAGAUGCUGCACCGCGUCAAGAUGGUCAAGGAGAUCAACAUCGCCCUACUCACCAGCUAAGAUUGUGUUAUAAGUGUCUGGACUCUGGACUGAAGCAUUUAUGAGAUUGGUCCAUGAGGACACAUCACAUUGUGUGUGAGGGAGAGAUGUGAAGAGAGAGGGGAACGCAGAUCAGUAGUAGUCUAGACUAUCACUUAUAUAUUUUCAUAAUAACUUUGUAUAUGCAGUGACACAACUAAUCAAUAUAGUGUUGGAUCAUUGUUUUGCAGUAGUAUCUCCAAUGUGAUACUGUUUUGUGUACAGUACAGCAUUGGAUUGAUAAAGCACAUAUAAAUUAACAAUAUUUAAAUAUUAUGUUUGAUGAAUCAGAGAUCCUAUAAUUAAUAUAAUUUUACGUAUGGCGAUAUUUUUUAUGUAUAUAAAUCAAUGCAAUUGAGUAAUGGAUAAAUGUUGUUUGGUCACUUUUAAUGAAAUGAUCAGUUUUAUUACAUUUGUAAUAAUAGUGCUUGUAGAUAAAUGAUAAUUCCACUUUUAUAUGAUAAUAAGUAAUGUAACUGUGACUAGAUGACCGUAUAUAUGGAGUAUAAUGAUAUGUGACAAAUUUUUAUUUAAUUAUAAGUUACGGUGAGAGUCAAGAUUUCUUUUAUUGUGUUAAGAGUAAAUGUGGCAAGUUUAGUUUUAGAUUAAUGCUGUGUAAGUAUAAUACAGAUUCUCUAA